ACGAUGCAGGAAGUGUUACGAUUUUACAGCUAACGUGAUCACACCAAGCUUUGUUUUCACAAUGUGUAAAUAUGACGACAAUAUUUGGCUUAAAUAAAUCAAAGCGUCUUUUCAAAGCAUAGAGGAGCGCGGAGGAAUCAGGAAUCAGCAUGUCUGAACACACGGACUGCAGUGUGUCGUCAGAGGAUCGGGUUCGAGCGCUCACUAAACUGGGCAGCUCAGUGGACGUGAGCGAGGACGUGCCGCCGCGCAGAUACUUCCGCUCCGGCAUGGAGAUCAUCCGCAUGGCCAACAUCUACGCCGACGAGGGAAACGUGGAGCACGCCUUCAUCCUCUACAACAAAUACAUCACGUUGUUUAUUGAAAAACUUCCAAAACAUCGCGAAUACAAAACAGCCAACAUUCCUGAGAAGAAAGAGACAAUGAGGAAAUUAAAGGAAAUCGCCUUUCCGAAAGCCGAAGAGCUGAAAAAGUUGCUUCUCAAGCAGUAUGACAAAGAGCAUGCUGAAUAUCUGGUCAGAAAGAGAGCGGAGGAUGCGGCACGGGCUGUGGAAGUGUUGAAGCAGCAGGAGCAGGAGGCGCAGCGGCAGAGACUGGCGGAGCUGCAGCAGCGGCAGCGUGAGCAGGAGCAGUUCAGCGCCUUCGAAGAGAUGAUUCGCCGCCAGGAGCUGGAGAAAGAGCGCCGGCGCAUCGUGCAGGAGUUCAGCAUCCCUGUGUCUCCCACUGCUCCAGCAGACCUCCUCCUGCCAGAUGUACAUGGACCGCCACAGGCCUCGCUCACACCCCCGACACCCCCUGCUGGAGCCACUAACCAUCAAGGCCUGCCGGCGUUUGACCGCUCACUCAAGCCAAGUGUCCCAGUCAGUGCAGGACACAGUGCGUUGGUAAAUGGCUUACGACAGCUCUUUGUGCCCGCUGAGCUUUGCCAAAGGUUUCUAAAGCUGGCAGAAACAAACACGGCACGGGCGGUGGAGACCUGUGGGAUCCUCUGUGGAAAACUGAUGAAGAACGCCUUCACCGUGACCCACGUGAUCGUGCCCAAGCAGUGUGGAGGACCAGAUUACUGUGACACCGAGAACGAGGAGGAGCUUUUCCUGAUCCAGGAUCAGAAUGAUCUCAUCACGCUGGGCUGGAUUCAUACGCAUCCGACGCAGACGGCCUUUCUGUCCAGUGUGGAUCUGCACACACACUGCUCCUAUCAGAUGAUGCUUCCAGAGUCCAUAGCCAUCGUCUGCUCACCCAAAUUCAAUGAGACGGGCUACUUCCGGCUGACUGAUUAUGGGAUGGACGAUGUCGGUACUUGCAAACAGAGAGGAUUCCACCCGCAUCCGAAGGACCCGCCGCUCUUCGCUGCUAGUCAUCACGUCAGCAUCACAGACGGCAGUGUGACCAUGCUGGACCUGCGGUGAUGUCAUCGCUGCUGCUGCUGCUUCAAACACGUGCCUUUGCUCUCGACCUCACAGCGACAGAUAAACUUGCCAAGAAGCUCCUAAACGGCCGGAAACGUCCCUGCGCUGCACACCGGGCCUCUGUUAUGGUGUCUUACAAGUCUGUAUUUAUACCUUUAAUUCUGAAACAUAUCCAAAUGUGACCAAUAAGAGCUUAACGAUGAGCUGGGUGUCAUUUCGGUCAUAGCGGAGACAUCAUAAUGCAUGCAAAGGCUUCGGCUUUUACUUGAUUUUGUAGACACACUUCAGCUAUAAACAAACCUUUCAGUAUUCAUUGAAAACUAUUAAAUAAAUGCUUUGUUUUCCAAUGCAAAUAUGAAAACACUCUUAAAUUAACAUGCAGACGUUUUGCUUUCAUAGAAAUGCAUCAGAAUCAACUGUUUAAAACUGGAAACACAAGAAAUCCAUCAGUUUUUUGCUCAUUGUAAGCAUAAUUGUGCGUAAUAUUGAUCUAUUUAUUCAUAUCUUCGUUCAUUUGCUAGCUGUGCUUUAAGGAUUUGUACUGUAAAGCAUGACUGCAAUAGUAAUAAUAUAAUAUUUUGCAUUGUUGUCGUUUGCCAUUCCAUAUUGAAGCUCUUUGAAAGACUGAAGGUUUAGCCAUGCACUUAAUUCUGUCAUGUUUUAUUGAAAUAUGCAGAUAUUUUCGUUAGCCGUGCCUCUGUUAGAAAUGUUUCAGAUCUCCGUGUUGAUUAAACAGAUCCUCCUCUGCCAUCAGUUUCA